CUGUGGAUUUCAAAACUGGCUGGUUUUGGGGAGCUUGAGUCUACUUUACCAAUGUCUUGAGGGAUCAUGUAUGGCAGCAAGAAAAGAAAAUAUAAUUUCUCUGUUUUGUAAACAUUGCAAGAUAGUGAUGGAACAACAGGGUCUUGUAAGGGUGAAUUUAGAAAUACUGACCUGCCAUUUUAAGGGAUGUGAUCUGAGUUUUUUCUUCCUAUCAAGUGAGCAAUACAUACAAGCAUGCAUGUCCUCUGGCUGAAGAGAUUGUGUUCAUCACAGCAUCCCUGUUCAUUCUGUUCUCUUCUGCAUUCUCAGAAUUGCAUUUUCUCAGAGAAAGGCCAAGAUAAUGCAAACUGUAAAAUUAUACCCUCCCAUUCCCAAAUUUAAGCAUUAUAUUUCUAAUGAUGCUAAAUCAACUGAUAGCUAAUUAGGUUCUUUUUUGUUUGUUUGUUUUGUUUUGUAAAAAAAAAUACUUGGAAGAGGCUUGCUGUAUUCAACACAACUCAGAUAAUAAUAGUGGCUAUGUUGUUUAUGUAAGAAACUCCAAAAUUAUAAAUAUCUAUAGCAUGCAACUGCCUGGUUUACUCAGGGGCUAAGCUGGAGGAUGGGGGAAUUGUCUAUUUCCUCUGAUUUCAGCCAAGGUAAAUAGUCUGAUAACAGAAUGCCCUUUAAACUUGGGACUCUGGGGAUCGUGAGAGGAACAGUAAUCAGCAAGCUUAAAUUGUUCAGGCUUGUUACCUGAUUUCACUAAAAUGAUAAAUUACAUGUGGCAAAGUGUAAAAUGGAAGUAGAAUCCUGCCAGUCUGGUGCUAAGGUAUUUGGAGAACUAAUACAAAUGAAAAUAGUUUUUCCAAUGACUUAACUAGUUACAAAAUACCACAGACAUUGAGGCAUUUGUUAAAUAGUUUUGAAAAUUCAGUUAAUUAUUUACAAAAGUAAUACUUAGGGAGCUUCACAGAUGGUGGAAACUGUAGAUGGAGACAGUAAAGAAGAUGAGAUUUAAAAGCUAUUUUAUCUUCCUAGUUAUGGUGUGCUCAAGGAAACUCUUUGCAGAAGAUACACCUUGUGAUUUGCCACAGAUAGAAAAUGGAAACCUUGCCCAGUACUAUUACAGCUUCAAAAGUUACUAUUUCCCUAUGCACAAAGGAAAAAAGCUCUCAUAUUCUUGUGUGGUUGGUUACACCACUGAAAGUGGGACUCAAGAUGGAAGAAUAACUUGUACAGCAAAAGGAUGGUCUCCAGUGCCACGAUGCUACAGAAAAUGCACCAAGCCUGUUUUGGAAAAUGGCUCUUUUUACAGUACAGAAAUGGACUUCAAAAUCCAUGAGAAACUGCAAUACCAAUGUAAUCCAGGCUACCACACCCCAAGCGGUGCUACUGAGGAUACAGUGCAGUGUCAGCCACAAGGAUGGUCCUUUCAGCCAAGCUGUACUAAAACACUUGGGAUGACUUGCUCCGCUUUGAGUGAAGUAGCUCAUGGAGGUUUCUAUCCUGUGAAGAAAGCCUAUGAAGAAGGAGAUGUAGUUCACUUUUUCUGCGACAAGCAUUAUUCUGUCACUGGAUUUGACUUAAUUCAGUGCUAUAAUUUUGGGUGGUAUCCAGACCCUCCAGUGUGUGAAGAUGUAAAAAAUAAAUGUCCUCCACCACCACUCCCUCAUGGCCAUACCAGCACAGCCAGAAGAACUUAUCAUAAUGGAGACAAAGUCCGUGUACAGUGCAACUUGGGAAGGAGAGGAUCUGAGGAAAUCCAGUGUGAAGGAGGAAAAUGGACAUCCCCCUCUAACUGCAUUGGAGCUGUGGAUAAACAGGAAUCUGGGACAGCACCACCACCACUCGAGGCAGAUGCAGAAAUAAGGGCAAGCCAAAGACAUCACAAUGAAGAUAUGAAAAUGCAGCAGGACUGUGCCUCUCCACCUGUGGUUAAAAAUGGUGCUGUCCUGGGCCCAUUACUGGAGAGUUACAAAAAUGGUUCCUGGGUAGAAUAUGGUUGUCAGCAUUACCACUUUUUGGAUGGGCCCAGUAUUGUUUACUGUCACCACGGGAACUGGACAGAGCAACCAACCUGCUUAGAACCAUGUACUCUGAAUGUAACUGAUAUGGACAGCAACAACUUAACAUUGAAAUGGAGACGGGAAGAAUUAGUUUUUCUCCAUGGAGAUCUCAUAGAGUUUGAAUGUAAACAGGGAUAUAGUUUUCUCCAGACUGCCAUUCCAUCUCCUGGGAGGACACAGUGUGACCAAGGCAGACUGAAUUAUCCAAAAUGUGUUCUUCAAGCUGCUACAGAAAAAUGUGGCUCUCCACCCUCUAUUGCAAAUGGAGCUCUUACUCUCCCAGCUCUGCCCCAGUAUGACAGUGGUUCUUCAGUUCAGUAUAUUUGCUCUGACUAUCAUUUUUUGCAAGGCUCUGAGAGAAUCUACUGCUCUGAAGGACAAUGGACCUCACCACCAGUUUGUAUAGAGCCAUGUACUUUGUCAAAAACUGAAAUGGAGAAAAACAAUGUGCUGCUGCAAGCAUUCUAUGCAGACCAAGUUUACUUUUACCACGGGGAUUAUGUUGGAUUUUACUGUAAACAGAAUCAUUUUGGAGCAGAAUCUGGCACAACUUUAUUUCAAGUACAGUGUGAGAGAGGACAGCUGGCAUAUCCAAGGGGAAUUGGGGUGGCCUCGUGUUCUCCAGGUUGCUCCACUCAUCUUUGGGAAAUGAGUGUUGAUCUGAGCUGGAGGAUGGAAGGGAAAGGCCUUUGUGGGAUGAGGAUGAGCAGUGCAGCACUGGGCUGCAAUAUUGGCAUACACAUGGAAAAUGCUGGAGGAAGGACUUGUACAUCUUAUCAGCACUCAUGUGUCCCUUCACAGGUUCUGCCUGACAACAAGUGUGACUACAGCUAUGAAGAAAAUCCAGGAAUAUGGACAAAGUUUGCCUUGCAUCCAUUUUAGUCUGUUUUAAUAAAAAAGCCACUCUAA